UGACCGAAGGCUACGUCACCGAUGCUACAGAGACUGGGCCAGCUCAGUCUAUGUCUUAGAGCAGUAAGAUAACGCUCAGCUAACUCUACAGAGCUGGGGCGCAUUUGUUUCCACUAGAAGGAACAGAAUUAUACUUUUAAGAAGUAUACGGUAUCUUCGGAGAGCCGCGUCCGCACUAAAAUGAAGAGGCGCAUAUCAAUUAGCUUCGUGCUGGUCGCUUAUUAUUUCUGUUCGAGCUCGGCGUUUUAUCUUCCGGGUUUAGCCCCUGUGAGUUUUUGUACAGAGAAAGGUCUCGACGACUGCCAGACAGACAUUCAGCUGUUUGUUAAUCGUUUGGACUCAGUGGAGUCUGUUCUACCCUAUGAGUAUGACGUGUUUGACUUUUGCAAAGACGAUAAGGAGAAGAGGCCAUCUGAGAACCUGGGACAGGUACUGUUUGGUGAACGAAUUGAGUCUUCUCCAUACAAGUUCCAGUUCAAAAACAAUGUCAAAUGUCAGGCAGUGUGCACAAACACUUACAAGAAAGGCAACAAGCUGGAUGCAGCCAAGUUGGACUUUCUCAAGAUGGGAAUGCAGCUGAACUAUCAACAUCACUGGAUCAUCGACAACAUGCCAGUGACAUGGUGCUAUGAUGUUGAAGAUAAUCAAAAGUACUGCAACCCUGGCUUCCCCAUUGGCUGCCUGGUUGCAGCUGAUGGUAGAGCAAAAGAUGCUUGUGUUAUAAAUUCCGAGUUCAACAAGAGAAGCACAUUUUAUGUCUUCAACCAUGUUGACAUAAAGAUCACUUACCACAGUGGAACAUCAGAAGGUUGGAGUGGUGCUCGGCUGGUUGCUGCCACCCUCGAACCAAGGAGCAUCAAACAUAAUGACGAGAAAAACCCAACUUGUGGAGGAGGUCCAAUGGAGGUCCCAGCAGAGUUUUCUGAUGACGUCAAAAUCACUUACACCUACGCUGUCACUUUUGAGGAAAAUAAUACCAUCAAAUGGGCCUCUAGGUGGGAUUACAUCCUGGUUUCCAUGCCUCACACCAACAUCCAGUGGUUCAGCAUAAUGAAUUCUUUGGUCAUUGUGCUCUUCUUGUCUGGGAUGGUUGCCAUGAUCAUGCUGAGAACUCUGCACAAAGACAUUGCCAGAUACAACCAGGUGGAUCAGGAAAACUUGAUAAAGGUUCCAUCGGCCAAGGAAAAAUCUUCUCUACCUUAUGAGGACGCACAGGAAGAGUCGGGAUGGAAGCAAGUUCACGGAGAUGUUUUCCGUCCACCCAGGAAGGGAAUGCUGCUUUCCGUGUUCCUUGGACAGGGCACACAGAUCUUUAUCAUGACCUUCAUCACACUCUUCCUGGCCUGUCUGGGUUUCCUGUCUCCUGCCAACAGAGGGGCUCUGAUGACGUGCUCUGUGGUUCUCUGGGUCCUGCUGGGGACACCUGCUGGCUAUGUGUCCGCACGUCUUUACAAAACUUUUGGAGGUGAAAAGUGGAAGACUAACGUCUUGCUGACAGCACUUCUGUGCCCAGGGAUUGUAUUUGCAGACUUUUUCCUGAUGAACCUGAUCCUAUGGGUUGAGGGUUCAUCUGCAGCGAUCCCGUUUGGCACUCUGGUGGCCAUUUUGGCUAUGUGGUUUGGAAUCUCUGUGCCCCUCACUUUUGUUGGAGCCUACUUUGGAUUCAAGAAGCCUGCAAUUGAGCAACCAGUACGAACAAACCAAAUCCCCCGUCAAAUCCCUGAGCAGUCCUUCUUCACUAAACCUAUCCCUGGUAUUGUAAUGGGUGGGAUCCUGCCCUUUGGCUGCAUCUUCAUCCAGCUUUUCUUUAUUCUUAACAGCAUUUGGUCUCAUCAGAUGUACUACAUGUUUGGAUUCCUGUUCCUGGUCUUCAUUAUUCUGCUCAUCACCUGCUCCGAGGCCACAAUUCUGCUGUGCUACUUCCACCUAUGUGCAGAGGACUACCACUGGUGGUGGCGUUCCUUCCUGACCAGCGGCUUCACAGCAGUUUAUCUGUUCAUCUAUGCCGUGCACUACUUCUUCUCAAAGCUGCAAAUUAUUGGAGCGGCCAGUACCAUAUUGUACUUUGGAUAUACGAUGAUUAUGGUCCUCAUUUUCUUCCUCUUCACAGGUACAAUUGGCUUCUUCGCCUGCUUCUGGUUUGUAAAUAAGAUCUACAGUGUGGUGAAAGUGGACUAGAGGACUGAAGGAAGGACUAACUUGUGUCAGUGCUGGGCUCCUCAGUGCUGCUGUGUAAUAAUAUUGUGGUCUGAACAGACCUAAAGUGCAUCCAUCACGUGAUAGAAAAACCCCACUGAGCUGGGCCCAUCCUCUUUCUGUGCUUUAAACCUCUGUUGCUAUUCUUUUUUUUUUAAUCUGAGUUUGUGUUCACUGUUUAUAUUUUGCGUGGCGCCUUGAAAAUCAACGGGCUUCUAAUGAAGUUGUCACCAUGAGCGGUUUGUUUUCUGAAGUGUUUUCCUUUAAGGUUUUAAAGAAAGUAAAAUAUUUAGCAUUUUAUUUUUCUAUUCUCUCAUGGUUCCAUGUUCCUUUUUUCCCCACUUCCUGUUCUGUGUGGAAACGAGUGUGUACAUAUAUUGUAUAGAGAGGGAGAACGUGUGAGAAUGCCAAUUAAAGAUUGUCACCAUUAUCAAGUAUUUUUUUUAGUUUUUGUGAAUUGGCCUAUAUUUUGUUAAUUCUCAAUCUGUCAUUGAAACGUAAAACAUUGUAUGAUACAUGUUCAUUUUCUUGGUUGCAUAGAGUAGAAGGUGCGCCGUGUACAGGAGGCACAAUUGUAUUAUAGAGCAGCUUCAGAUUGUUUCCUAUUAAAGAUGAACUCUACGACUUACUUGAUGCGUUUUGGCCACACACACAAAAAUUCCUCAUUCGUAACGCAUUCAACAAGUUUACUGAUUUAAGCUCAACUCUUAACUAUAUUAAACACUGCUGUUGUUUGCUUCAGGCAGUGUGAGGUUAUUUAAAGGUGAUAACUUUACAAAUAAAAGUAAAUCACAAAGAAAACUGU